AUGUCUCUCCCAGUGAAAGUACACCCCAACGCCAUCGCCUCAAGCCGGACACUUGUCGUCGGCGGCACUUCAGGCAUUGGAGCCGCCGUCGUCUCAGCAGCAUUGGCAAGCAGCGGAAGCGUGCACAUAUCCUCCUCCAACCCAGACAAGAUCUCCGCCAAAAUCGCCGAGUUCAAGGCCCUCUACCCUGGAGCUCCCCCCGUCACCGGCACAGCCGCCAACCUCUCUGACGAAAACACACUGGACGAGAACGUAAAAAACGUCCUCGAAGAAGCCACCAAAGCCCUAGGCGGCCCCCUCGACCACCUCGUCUACACCGCCGGCGACGAGUUCAAACGAACGCCCCUCUCCGCCGUCGACCCCAAAACCUACUUCAAAGGCUGGACCGUCCGCUACCUCUCCCCGCUCCUCUUCGCCAAAACCCUCUCCGCCGCCCCAGGAACCUACCUUUCCAUCUCCGCCUCCUCCUCCAUCACCUUCACCUCCGGCGUCCUCUCGCACAAGCCCAUCCCGGGCGUCGCGCACUUCAUCGGAUGGGCUGGGGCGAUCGAGGCGCUGGCGAGGGGCCUCGCGGUGGAUAUGGCGCCGGUGAGGGUUAAUGUUGUUUCGCCUGGGGCGAUUUACACGGAGAUGUUGGCGGGGAUGGGCGAGGCUGCGGUGGGGAGUUUUGGGCAGGGGACGUUGAGGAAGAGUGUCGGGACCGCGGCGGAGUGCGCGGAGGGGUACUUGUUUUGUAUGCGGACGGGGUUUUUGACGGGGGAGGUUGUUAAGGUUGAUGGUGGGGCGUUGUUUGCUUGA